CAUCAACACGAUGUCACAGGUUUCGCUUUGCAAUCGCGCGAGAAUAUGAAGGAAAUGCGAUGGUUUUGGAACUUAAAGGAACAUUCGUAGUUGAUGUGAGGUAGGAUUUUACAAAAGUGUACGAGUAGGUUAAGAUGUCUACUGAAAUAUCAAGUACUAAGUAGGUUUACUCCAGGAAUAUGAUUCGCUAAGUCUCUGCAUUUCCGGUUGGACUGUCUUAAAGCAGGUUGAUUUUUUUCAGAAGCAAAUUUCUUUGCUGUGUAGAAAAAGCUUAAUAAUACUGGAAUUUGCUACUGCUCUCUCUGGGCGUCUGAACUUAUUUUCGCAAAAUUGAUUUGUGUUAUGGCCCAAACUAAUUGGGAGGAUGCCCGGGGGGGCGGGGGAGGUAUCUAGGAAUUUAAACGACGGGGAUGAUCGAAUGGGGGCAAAAAUCAAAACCCCAAAAAAUCCCUAGGGUUUCCAACAAAACCCCAAGAAAUACCUGGACAAAAAUUCACCACCCCCCCCCCCUCCCAAAAAAAAAACAACUCCCAUGCCAAAUUUCCGAGCCUUUUGGAUUCUAACAGCACUCGAGACACCCAAGAACAUCUUCUAUUUCAUCAAUAACAUUAUGCAGAAUGCCAACUUUAGAUUUUUUUGAAAACGAAAAAAAUCCUGCAUAAAUCAAGUCACCCAACCUCGUUCCCAGGGUUCUCUCCUACCCGUCCCUAAGGAGAGAGAACCUGGGAACGAGGUUGAAAGCCACCCAAAAAAACCCCAAAAUUUCAAACCCCAAAAAACUUUCGAUUAUUUCCGUCUCUUAAAAUCCUGAGAACCCUUCUGGGGGAGGAUGGUGGGGGACUCCGUUGUGAAACAUACAGUGGGAGUUAAAGAACGCCAAUCGGGUCGUUGCCCAUACGUUAUCAGACCCUCGUAAGACAUUGAUAUCAAUAUCUGAGAUUACACACACAGCUUAACGGGACACGAGACAAUAAGAAUCCACACUUUAUACCCCUCCCCCCCCGGUUAGGGGUGUAUCAAGCAGUUCUAUAGUGAGACAUUACAUAAAAGUCAAUGCGAAAUUUCGGGUACAUGUAUUGCGUCCUUCUUUUCCACCAUUUCCAUUCACUUUAUUAAUUACUUUUGUUAUGUCAGGUCCCAGCAACUCAACUGAGCCAAGCACAGUACGGCGUGACAUGAAACAAAUGUGCGCGCGCAGAUGAAACACAAUGUCUCUACAUAAAGCAGUACGAAAGAGCAACAGUGACGAAGUUCGAAAUCUACUGCAAACAGAAGGGACAGCUGUAAAUUCAAGAGAUAGUUAUGGCAAUACUCCUUUACAUUUUGUAAGCGAUAAGACCAUUGCUUCUCUUUUGAUUGAAUCGGGUGCCGACCUAAACCUGCAAAAUCGAGACGGUGAUACAGCACUACAUACUUGGCAUAGGCCCAACUUUGAACAGAACGAUCUUGAUGAUCUUCUCAAUACUGCACCAGAGAGGAAAUUAGAACUCAUCUCCCUGUUAUUAGAAUCUGGAGCUUCACCGAACAUACAGAAUAAUUUGGGCUACAACGCCCUACACUCUUCGCUUGUCUAUGGUGGUAUCGCAGGGAUACCCUACGAUGGCCACUUUAUGAAUAAAGUAAUAUCUCUUUUAAUCCAAUUUAACGUCGAUGUGAACAUGGGAGAUUUUGAAGGCUGUACGCCUUUACAUCACGCAGUCAAAGAACCCCAUGUGUUCAAUGCAGAGACGCUUUUGGCAGCAGGAGCUCUGGUGAAUGGAUUGACUCCUCUUCAGCAUAUCUUCCACUCCGAUAACACAGAUAUGGCACUACUAUUGCUGAAAUACAAAGCUGAUAUAAAUGCGCAAGACAUGGAUCGCCGAUCUAUGCUGUCAACGGCGGUAGAGGUGGGCAACGAGGAAAUGGUGCAGUUUUUGUUAACAGACCCGCAGGUGCGUGUCAACCUUGCGGACAAAAACAGUGUAACUCCCCUUCACCUUGCUGCAGCAUUUAAACGUGUGGAUCUCACUGCAAUGUUGAUCCAAGCUUCAGCCGACGUAAAUGCACCUGAUUCACGUAACGCAACCCCGUUACACUACGCAACCUAUGGGGGUACACCAGAAAUUGUCACAUUGCUGAUAGAGGCUGGUGCAGAUGGCAAAAUAAAAGACGAUGCUGGAUGGAUGGCAGUACAGUAUGCUCUUUCUAGACACUACUGUCACACUGCUCUACCAUUUGGUGAAAAAUAUCUAAGAGAUUGUCAUGCAAGUAGCACCAGAGGGCAUAGGAGGACUGCAGACACUUCGUUGGACGAUAUUAUAUUGGGGAGCCUCCCUGCAGACGACAUCUUUACAAUAGUGUUGUCCGCAUCCCAAGUCCGCACAGGUCCGCUUGACUCUUCAAUUAAACUUGAUGAUUUGGUUGAGUACACGAGGGCCAAAUCAGAGGGACACAUUUCCAGGUACUUACAUGACAUGUGUACCGUGCCUGGAGUUGGACGAAUCCCAAUGGCCAUUUCAGAAGUCAAGUUCUUGAAGUCGGAAGUCGAGAAUGCACCAAACGAUGCUGGAAAGAUGGGGCUAGGAGCUGAAAGCUCAAAGACAGAAGUUCAUGAGGAGAAACCAGAAGUUGGUGACACGAAGGUUGCAGUCGAUUACAUGAGGAACGAAGUUGAAGAUAUUCGGGAAAACGUUGAAAAAUUCAUCUCCAAGUGGAAACAGAAAAUAGCUGAAACAGAUGCGAGGUUCACAGGCACGUUGCUUCAGUCCGGAAGCGUCUACGAAGGUACGAAGGUUGGUGAGCCAGACGAAUUUGAUUACAUGUUGUGCUUAGAAAGGCUAGCACCAGUAUGUUCGGUUACAUUUGAUGAGGUAACAGAAUACGAUAAAGUCAUAGUCCACAAAAACGUGGAAGGCUUUGAAAGUAGUUACGAGGGAUUUUUUGACGGACAGCAACUGGAUAGUGGCAAAGUUAUGGGAUUGUUUGUAGAUGUUGCCAAAAAGGCAUUAACAAGACUGGACUAUAGUUUGGUGCCCAGUGAGAUGUACGUUGAAGGCCUCACAGAGCAUACCCUUAUUGAAGAUACUUGGGCUUUGCACGGCACAGUAACUUGUAACUUAAAGAUCAAAUGGUGUGGUCUGUAUUACAAGCAGCUCGUGAUUACUGUAGAUUUAGUACCUGCCAUUCCGAUUCCAGAGUGGCCCCAAGUGGUCCGUCAAGAAAGCUAUCUAUUGACUGAGGAUAUUAGACUCCGGGGUUGCCAUUUGGUACCAAAGUCUGGUUAUUGGAGACUUUCAUUCUCUCUGGCGGAGAAGCUGAUAAUGCAAAGACUACUGUGGGAACAAAAAUCGGCGUUUGUUGGAGCCAAAGUCAUUCUUCAUCCCGCUGUUUCAUGUAAGUUCAUGGUUUAUGAUGACAACUAUGCUCUCGAUGACGACAGUUUUCCCGUUCUUGGCGAUGUUCUGCAAAACGUUGGUGACUGCGAUGGGACUGUCCAAGACGACGCUGAUGAGUGUGAGGGCGUCAUGACAAUGCAAGGUAACAAAGAGGCUUCCACUUCGUCAGACGAAACUACCAGUGCUUGUUGUUUGGGUGAAUUGGGUGGAAUCAAUCAAGAAAAGUUUUCAGUACCAGCAACUAUUGUUGGUAGAACUGCGUUGUCGCAGUCUGGUGAUGGUGCAACCAUUUUAAAGUUUGCCAACGCCGAAGAAUUUCAAAUUGUGCAAGAAAAGAUGCAAAGUGAUAUGGACGAGAGAAUUGCGAUUGGUUUUCAAAAGCAACAAACGACAGACGACGACAGUGAUGUCCCUACCGAAACACUUCUCCCGUUUAAUGUUUUAUCAACAUAUUGGCUGAAGAAUUUGUUUUUCAACUGUAUUGAACAAAACGCCAAAGAUACUACGGGAGUUGCAGUCACAACUAAACAAAUAUUUAGCGAGCUGUUUUAUCAUUUAAAGCAAAAUCAACCCAUUCCCUAUUAUUUUAUGCCAACUCAAGGUUUCUGUGGGUUCGAGGAAUCCAGUGACGAUUCCCGUUUCGAGAAGAUGUUGGUUGCCAGAAUAAUGAACAGUUUACUAAGUCAGGUAUAA